AAAGGCUCUAUUCCACUCGACUCGUCUAGGGCCGGAGUCGCCGGUUCGGUCAUUUGCUUUCGUCCCAAAUUCCAAUUUCGACACGUCUCCCUCGCUUAAACCCUAAUAAAAUCUGCUCCUCAAAUAGACCUCAGUAUCUGAUCAGAACAACACACCUCGGUACCGGAAAAUUUUCCAACAGCUCGUUCGUCGACAUGGAAAUGCCAAGCGACUUCGAGCGCGCCCUCAUGUUCGAACACAUCCGCAAGGCCGCCGAAGCCACCUACGCCAAGAAUCCCCUCGAUACCGAAAAUCUGAUUGGUUGGGGAAGUGCGUUGAUUGAAUUGUCACAGUUUGAGAAGGUUGAAGAUGCAAAAAAGAUGACUAGAGAUGGAAUUUCAAAGCUGGAGGAGGCUUUGAUGGUUGAUCCAAAUAAGCACCAAGCUCUCUUUUCCUUAGGAAAUGCUCAUACUUCUAUAGCAUUUAUGACACCUGAUCAAGAUGAGGCUAGGGUUUACUUUGACAAGGCAUCCCAGUACUUUCAGCAAGCUGUUGAUGAGGAUCCAGAGAAUGAGCUUUAUCUCAAAUCCUUAGAAGUUUCUGACAAGGCACCUGGCCUGCACUUGGAGUUUCAUAAGCAGGGUUUUGGUCAACAGGCUAUGGGAGCUGGUCCUUCGACUUCCUCCUCUGCAAAGACUGUGAAGAAGAAGAACUCUGAUCUUAAGUACGACAUAUUUGGAUGGGUAAUCCUUGCAGGCUGCAUUGUUGCGUGGUUAGGGUUGGCAAAAUCUAAUGUUCCUCCGCCACCUCCUAGAUAAGUCGAGCUUUUGGCUCAUGUAUCAACUAUGGAGUAUUUUUGGGAAGUACAUUCAUCACAACCGACCCCAAUUGAUUGGGAUUUAAGGCUCGGUUUGGUUUGGUUUGGUUUGGUUACGUUCAUCACAGUGCUUUUUUUCCUGUUCCGUUGAACAUAUCUGUGCCCUUAGGGAGUUAAAUUGUUGGACCAGGACUUAUGUUUUUCGCCAUACGUAGACUGGUUUAAGGAGGAGAAUUAUUGCUUAUAUGCUGCUACCUAGAUUUUUUCAGAGUUAUCGCUUGUAUUUUCGAAGGUCUGUAGCUGCAAUUUCUGAAAUAUAAAGCCCCACAGUUCAGUUUUUUAA